UUUUCUGACCAUGACUUGUCACUCGGUCUAAUACGUCACUGUCACGUGACAAGAACAAAUUUUCCAAAAUGUCCCAACUCGGAAUCCUGAUUCCUUUAUAUAUACUUUCAUUCUGAGCAUUAAAAUUUUUGGUUACUCAGGUCCUUAGAUUGUAAUGGAAAAUUCCCUGCCUAAAAAGUGCUUAUUGAUUUAGAAAAGAAGCAAAUUUAAUUAGGCGUUAUACAAAGGAGAGGAUGUGCUUGAUGGCUAACAAUGGUGUAAUUGAUUGGAAUAAAAUGAAGUGUAAUAUGCAUAGAGAAAGAGGAAUGUAGAAUUGCGUAGGUAUGUAGAUAAAGCAAUAAUGGAUUGUGUAAAAUGGCCUAAAUUGAAUCACUACAAACUUACAUAAGCAACUUCAAAAUAUGAUGCAUGUCACUUCCGGUUUCGUCAGAACUUCGCAUGAAAAAACUUGAAUUUGCUUCUGGAGAUCAACCAAAAAGAAAUAUAAUCCAAAAUGAAAGGCGAUAUGAGGAAAUUGAUAUUUAAAACUGUUUUAGCAGUAUCUUCAAUCGUUGCCUUGGUCUAACACAGAUCCUUGUGGGUUUCUGUUGGCAAAACUCUGGUAAAACUUCCUUUUUAAGGGCUGGCCUAUUUAGGUCAAUUUCUUUCAAAUAUGGAUAGUACGGAUGUAGGGCCUAAAGGAAGCUUUGCCAGAAAGAAGCUUUUGCAAUGCUUGCUAUGUGCAUCGGCAUUUCUUGUCCAAUUCACAGCGUUUGGAUUUUACCGUGGAUUCGGAUCCAUCUACGUGUCGAUGCAGGAAAAGUUUACAGAAAGCAACGCGCUGAUAGCUUGGACCGGCUCCUUGUCAAUAGCUAUGACUUUCCUAUCGACGCCGAUUACAUUCAGAGUCUUUGACUUGGUUGGCUAUAGACUCUCACUGCUUCUUGGAGGAACAUUAAUUGGCCUUUCACUCGUGGCGACCUCUUUUGCAUCCAGUAUUUUCGAAACCUAUUUCACACUUGGACUUAUGUUUGCGAUAGGACAAAGUUUAUGUUAUUUUGCUCCAUUGCUGAUUUUGCCCCUCUAUUUCAAAAAGAACUUAUCACUGGCCCACGGAAUAGUGAUGUGCGGGAAUAGCCUGGGAGGCCUCGCUCAAGCUCCCGGUCUCGGUUUCAUCUUGCAAAAGUAUGGAUUCAGCAGAGGAAUGCGGCUGUCUAGCGUGAUCGCACUGUUUGUAAUAGCAGUAUCUGUGUUAUUCAAGCGGCCUGAGGAGAGUUUUGGGCCUAAUCCUUUGAAGUGCAGGAAGGAGAGAAAGAGAGAAAUAACGAUUAAAACUGAAAUGGAUGAAAUACCUUUACUAAGAAAUUAUGCUUACAUCAUGUAUGUUUUUGCAAUUAUGUUGGUCAGUUUUGGAGUUUUCAUACCCUUUGUGCAUUUGGUACGCCUAGCGAUGGACGCAGGCAUAUCAUACUCAAUGGCGGUAUUUCUACCAGGCAUCACCUCUUUUGCGCAAGCAGUUGGUAAGAUAGGCUUCGGCAAGCUUGCAUCUCUCCCGAAAUACAACAAGCUCUCUCUCUGCAAAUGGGCCAUCAUCGUUAUAGGCAUAGUGACAACAUUUGUUCCAAUAUUAACCUCCUUUAUUGGCCUUGCUGCUUAUUCCGUUCUUUUUGGUAUUGCUGAUGGCAGUAUUGCCACAUCUACCAUGCUCAUCAUUAGAGAUUUGAUAACAAAAGAGCAAUUCAAUAGAGGAUAUAGUGCAUAUCUUAUCUGCAACUGCAUCGCUAUCCUUGCUGGUCCGCCGUUUGCAGGAUAUUUGUACACGGUUUCAGGAACUUACUCCCUUGCAUUCUUUAUUUCUGGUGGCUUCGCUGCUGUAGGAGGUUUCUUGAUGUUUGCAGUGCAAUAUUUCUAUUCGGAAAACAAAAGGACUUCUUUUUCCAACUUAUUGACGAAUGGCUGCAAUACCCAGAAAAGCAAGAAAAUUUUCAGCUUCAUGCAAAAUUACUCCAAACCCUAUGAAUUGGCAAAUGAAAAGACAACAGAAAUAGCCAGUUCAAACCGCCCAACUAUUCACAACUCCUUUAUUUCUUUGCUUGAGUUAAGCAAUGCAGAAAACUAUGUUGAUGAUUCUAUACCAGAAGAAGGCAUGGAAAGUUACCUGCAUUCAUAAGAAAUAUCAUGACCAUAUGUUAUUCUUUUGAAAAAGGUAGACGUAAUCAAAAUGUAGCAAAUUUGUUUAAUUUGUAAUAUAUGUGCUAGCAAAUCAUUAACGACGAAACAACCAGAAAACAUAAUUGCCUUGCGCUACAACACCAUGAUUUGAAAAUGAUUAAAACUCUUCCGAUAAAUUCACUUUGAUUAACAUGGCUUUGAUAUGAAGAUUCGUAAUUUUCUGAUCGAAACGUCUGAAGUGUGCAAACUUGAUACUACUAAAAACGAUUUCAUACGAGCAAGGCGGACUUUAGUUUUCGUCUAAAUAGAUGCUUUGUUUACAAUUUUAAUUUAGCCAAACAGAGCUUGCCAAUCUCGCCUGGUUUGUUUACAACUUUCUCAAAAGCACCCCUAGCUGUGGAAGUAAAGCACUACUGCAGUUUAAGGCGGCCAAAAAAUAUACUUGAAAUAUAAUCCGCCAAAAUUAAAAAUUUACAAUGUUCAUAAAAUUUACUAAAAGGUGCCGCUGCUUUUGAGUAAAUUCCUCGUUAUAUUCCAGGGUAAAUUGUAUCUCACUGAGGAUAUAGGCCUAUUUUUCCAGCCUGGCCAAAAAGCUCUACUUAGGGCUUGUUUACAUGAAGGCGAGUUUCCCUGCUAGCCGAGUUUCCCGGUAAGGCAGGUCAACUAACUGCCAGUAUUUACAUGUAGCCGGGAAACUCGGGCAGGCAGGAUAUAAUUUCUGCAGAAAAAUGAAGUAAUAUGCGUUUGAUGCUAUUUAAAAAGCAGGAUCAUUAGAACACUCAAAAUACAAAAAACGUGAGAUUUUUUAGAAAAAAGUGCUACACAUGGUAUGACACGUGCGUAUGUCAGACAAUUUUAUCCAGUUUAGGCGGGAAACUCGGCAAUUUGCUCUUUUACAUGAUUUGGCCGGGAAACCCACCUCCGCAUCGUAUCAGGUAAAUGACAUCACCGCAGGUACAGUCGAAGUUUCUUUUGAUUAUGAAUGGCUCGUUGGCGCUCUUGAAAUGAGAGGACACGUUCCGCAGCGUUUGUUGUUACAUUUUUUUUACUUUCGUGGUUGGGUUGCAGGCUUGAAUAGUUUUUUUAUUUAGCGAUUUGAAUUUGGCUUUGGUGAGAAUCUGUUUAAUGUUUGAUGGUUGUCGUUUGCUGUUGAUCAACUUGAUGUUUGUAAAGAUUUUCUUUAGUUUUGGACUUGCGUCUAGAAGCUUGAUAGUGUCUUUGAUGACAAAGAACAUAUUUGGGUUCCUUGGGUUGUGAGUAGAAACAAACUGCUAUUUGUGAUAUUGGUUUUACGGAAUUCCGAAAGUAGUAUAUUGCUUUAGUAUAAGAGUAAAGGCUUUACUUAUUCCGUUUUCUGUCAGUUGGCUUGAGUAGCCUUUCCACUUUCAGCUCUUCUUCUACUAUAAAUAUGCAUAUUCUUCUUGCUAAAUUGAAUGAGAUGUUUCCUUUGGUAUGGGAUGGUUGGCAUGAUUUGAAAUGAAUGAACUGCUGUCGAAUUAUAUACAGAGUUAGAUUGACAAAAUGUAUUGCAGAGGUUUGUUACAGCAGCCAAAGAAUUUCAGGCAAUAAUAUUUCAAUCAAGUAUAUUUGUAGCCCA